GUGCUCGCGUGUCCCACCCGCCCUCUGUCUUACAAGCUCAUCACUUCCAGUCUCGCUCGCCACUGAGAUCCCCGCUUCCUCUUUCUCAAGCUGCGAUCGCCAUCCUUGAUCUGAAGCUAUAGAAUGAAUAUUGAGCUCGCGGACGUGUCCUUCGAAGCUAGCGAGUGGGAUGUAAAGCGAGCCUUUGGUGCCAUCCUUCACGGCGAAGGUUUCUACAAUGCAUCUGACCCAAAGUCGCGACCCAUCAACUUCAAGGUCUCACUGAACCCUGGCCGCGGUGGCGUCCAAAAUAAUGGCUCGGGAGAGCUGAUCCUGCCUAAUCGCAAGUUGGGUGAUAAACUCCUGAAAUGGGUGUACGAAGAUCACAACCCGGUCCUCGUACUCGGACGAAAGAUCAGGCUUUUCCGAAGUAAAGAUCGACCCAGCCGGAGCUUGCAGGAGACGCUCGAUAAAACUCCAUAUCUCGAUCCUGCCCUCGAAGAGAAACGGGAAGAGAAGCUCAGAAAGCUUGACAUGGGCUUACAUGUCGAUAAACUCCAGUUUGGCGUGUUCUAUCGUCACCCGCAAGAUCCUAUGACUGCCUCUCGGAUAUUCUCUCGCGAGUUUGAGUGGGGCCACCGGAAUAAGGGAGCGGGAAUGAUGUGGUUUGAAUACGAUCACAAGCUCAUCCGCAUCCAGCUUGGGGACAAGAUGACCGAAGAAAUCGGCUCCAACGUCGCUAUCACCUUCUCAAACAUUCGACGAAUGGCUAUAGGUAUGGAUUAUGGCAAUCCAUUCAUUGUAUUUGAGCUGUUGACGCCUCCGAUGCUCGAACGCGAGCGCUUCAACCGCACAAGGACCGGCGAGGAUUGGCGAGACCAACGCAAGUUUAGGCAAAGGCUCAGCAGUCUCAACGACGCCCACGCAGUUGUAGCUCCGUACGCGCACCACAUCCGCCUCAUCCUCCAUUCGGAGCAAGACAUCCUCACAUUCGCGGAGUUAUGCACUGUGGCCGAUCUCAAGAAGCCGUUCUGGAUCAACGUCGAAUCUUUCAACAACGGCUUCUUUUCGCCGAAACAACUCCAUCUAUACCACAUUUGGGUUUCCAAGUUUGCUUGGCCCGUUGCCUUCCAGCUUGAGUCCCUUCUCCACAAUGGCUUACUACACACUGAGGAUCUUCUCAAGCACUUCCGGAGCCACAUCGAGAAGCUCUGUCGAGACUAUCCCGAUGAUGCAGGCGACAUCCUUCGUGACUUCUCCGAGGCGCUUCGUACCAAGGCUCCUCUAGAUACUUACAUGGACUGCUUCCGUCGCGUUACGCCCGGUACGGGAGGACAGAAGUGGGGGACACUUCGCAGCGACGGUCAGAUGACGGAGCGGGCGCGGGACUCUGGAAAGUUCAAAUGCUAUCACGUUACAUUCACUCCUACCCGUAUCCUCCUCGAGGGACCUUACGUGAGCCAAAGCAAUCGUGUCAUCCGACAGUUCGCCGGGUACGAGGACCACUUUCUCCGUGUCGACUUCCGCGACGAGGAUCGCCUACAGUACAGAUGGGCACGAGAGGUUGAUGGUACGACACUCCUGGAAGAGCGCGUGGGUGGCACGCUGAAACACGGCUUCGACCUCGGAGGGCGCCACUUCGAGUUCCUCGCAUAUUCACAAUCCGCUUUGCGCGAGCACGCGGUGUGGUUCAUGAACCCCUUCGAUCACCCAACACGAGGUUACGUAGACGGACAACGCAUCCGCGACAGCCUAGGCGACUUUUCCAAGGUCAUCGACGCGCCGUCGAAGUAUGCCGCACGUCUCGCUCAAGCGUUCACGGCAACGGACCCAUCUGUGUCUAUUUCACACGACCAGUGUGAGGAGAUGUCUGACAUGGGCGAAGAACCGUACCUGUUCACCGACGGAGUCGGCACCAUCUCGCCCAAGCUGGGCGAUAUGAUCUGGGAGGCCUUGUGUACAGCGAAAGAAGAUCUCCGGCGCCAUGAGCGCAAGCCCUCCGCGUAUCAAAUACGGUACCUAGGAUAUAAAGGUAUGGUGGGUAUUGACGAACGACUUGAGGGUGUCAAGAUGCGCCUCAGGCCGUCCAUGAAUAAGUUCGACGCCCUUGACAAGGACGUUGCGCCAAUUGAGAUUGCACGCUGGUUCGACAACCCGGGAACUUCAUAUCUGAACAGGUCACUCGUCAUGAUCCUCGAAGACCGCGGAGUGGACAAGGCAGUGUUCCAGAAGCUGCAAGACAAGGCGGUGGAAGCAGUGGUCACGGCGUCCGACUCCAUCGAUGGAACCGUCACAUUACUCAAGACGCACAACAUCGGGCUCAGUCUCGGACUGCCGUAUAUUCUCAGAGGCCUUAAGGCUAUCGGGAUGGGAAUGAAGGAAAAAGAAGUGACCACCGGAACCCUCAAUGAUACCUUCCUCUACAGUCUGAUUGGAUAUGCUCAAGCCCACAUUCUGCGCGACAUGAAGCACAGUGCCAGGAUACCGAUUCCGGACAGCUAUCUCCUUGUGGGUUUGGCAGAUGAAGGGCCUGCGUAUGAGGCGGAGGGUGUGCAGAACGUCUUCUGCCUCAAGGAAAACCAAAUCUUCGCUUGUGUUCAGAACGAGACGGACGAUGAACCAACUUACCUUCAAGGCGUAGUGGUGAUUUCUCGUAGUCCUGUCGUCCACCCCGGAGAUGUUCAGCGUGUAUAUGCUAUUGGCAAGCCUCCCGAUGACAAGGUCUGCUUCUUCCGGAACCUUAGGAACGUGGUAGUUCUCCCCUCCGUUGGGAAGCGUUCGCUCGCUUCUAUGUUAGGUGGAGGUGAUCUUGAUGGGGACCUCUACUCCGUCAUCAAAUAUAGCCCCUUGCUGCCGACCGAGCAUGCAGACCCUGGAUCAUAUGAACCUGUAGGUACUAAGAGACUUCCAGAUGGACGGCAAAGCACUGUGGACGAUAUCUGCGAUUUCGUCGUAGAGUAUCUCAACUCCGACGUUUUGGGUCUCCUUUCCGAUCGACACCUGAUAAUUGCGGACCAAUCGCGAGAGGGAACAAACGACCCGGCUUGCCUAGAUUUGGCUCAAUUGUGUAGUCAAGCCGUCGACUACCCAAAGAAUGGAAUCCCGGUGGAUAUUCAUGAUUCUCCUCGCCUAUUGAUUCGUUUCAAGCCAGACUGGAAGAUGGCCGAAGACAACGACCCUCGCGACACAGACUACUACUUGUCCCCUCGAGCGCUGGGAGAAUUGUUCCGGAGCAUCACAAUCCCGAAGCCCAAACCAUCUGCUGAGUCUUUCCCCAACCCUGAUGGGCCCAAGAUUGUAUCAAAGCCUGCGAAGAGAGAACCGCCACUCUCAGAUGUCAUCUCCUUGGCGCUGAAGCCAUUCAUCGAGCGGCAGCUGCACUUCUACGAGAAUUCCGACAGGAACGUGGCCGAUAUGAGGGGCCUUUUCCUCCGCUACGAGCAAGAGCUACGGUACAUCUGUGUCACACACGCUCUCUCCGAUGCCCCGGACAUACGGCUGCAGGAAGAGGAAGUUGCGAUUGGGACAAUCCUUGCGAACUGCUCCCAGCAUCGCUGGAGAACCGACCGUAUGCAUCGCAUGCGCAUGCACGCGGGAGAACUUGCUCGGGAAAUCAAGUACAAGUUAUAUCACCCCUCCGACGUCUUGAAUCCGGACCAAGGCGAGCUCCUCUACGGUCUGUCGCAGGCGUGGCUUGCGUGGGACUUUGGGACGAGGAACAGCUCCGUGUUCGGCGCGCGGAGCUUUAGUCUAGUCGCUCUAGGGGUGGUACUGGAUACCCUGUCGAAGCUGGGUGGCAUUCCGUGACGUUUCUGUAUUGCAUGUUGUAGCCUCGAUGAGUGUGUGGCAUCUUCUGAUUUGUAUGUGUAUGAUGUAGUGCAGUAUUGAGUCCCUGCAGAUCAAUGUAACCCUAUGCUAUGGUCACCGUGUUACCCC